UCGUUAUUACAACAAAAAGUGCGAAAUUCAAUUGAAUCUUACCAAAGUUUUUCUUGUAGGUUUGGAAAACUGCCUUAGCCGUAAUAUAUUGUUCAAAUUUUUCGUUGAAGAAUGCGUUUAAUUUUUUAACAAAUCCUUCCGGGAUUCUUUUCAAUUCCUCGUCACUUAAAACCUCUCGCAACGCGUUGUGCUCGUUUUCGUCCGUCUUUUCCAUCUUUUCUCGUCACACAAUAAUUCGUUAAUCGAGCAGAUCUUCCUUCAGUAAUAAACUCGUGCUUCAGAAAUAAUUAUAUUCGAUCGAAGGCGCAUUUGACGGUACAUUCAAUAUCUUUUGCCUUCCUCUUUGUAAAUCACUGUGGUCUUUAUCGAACUGACGCGGCUCACUGGAAGGUACAACGUUCCGAUGAGCGUAUUCAGCGCUAGUGUACCAAUUUUACCAUUAACUUUAAGCGUAAUUAAAUUUAAUAGUUAUUAUUUUAUAUUUAUUAAUGUAUAAACAAUGCGCGCACUACGUUCAAUGUCUUCUGAUUCAAGCUUAUUUUUAAUAAAAAUAUGUUGUUUUCAACUUUUGAAAUAUCGUAGAAUCUUUGUUCUCCCCUUUUUCCAAGACUGUGUUGUAUUCAAUAAAUUCCCGCUUCUUUUUAAGAAAAUAAUACUAAAAAGCAGUUCGUGUAUUUCGAAAAUACUACUGUAAAAUUUGAAAUUACAAAUGCAAUAUGAUGUGUUAACGAGUGCAUGUUUUCGCGCAAGGAAAACAAAUUGUUCUGUAUUAAUGAUAUUGGAACUAUUUAUUACAUGAAAAUUUCAUUUUCUUGAAUUAAUUGUACAAGAGUCAAGUAAUAUGAUCAAUAUGUUGUUAUCGAAAGCGAAUUCCUUUUUGAAAUCGAACUCCUUGUUAGGUUACAUUGAUGGUUAUGUUCAGUAUAUCAAACAAAAGAAACAUUAUUUAUACACAUUAAAUGCACGUAAGUACAACAAUUAUACAACUACGACAGUAAGUCCUAUCUGUUGCACAUUAUGCAGUAAUGAAAAUAAAUCUAAUACAAGUGGCUGUCCACACGUAAAAAUGGGAAGAAGUCUUUUGUAUUUGCCCGAUUGGAACAGAAAAUUAUGUACAAACAGAGUACCAGAAGAUGCCAAUGUAUUUGGGGAUCUUGCAUAUGAAAAAUAUAAGCGAGUUGAAAUGGAUGAAGCAGAAGAAAAAGAAGAAAGGUUCACAGAAAAUGAUGUAAGAGUUCCAAGAUGGCAAAAAUUAACUCCAGUUCAAUAUUGUAGACUUAUUAAAGAUCAUAUAAGUAAAGGAAAUCUGGAACUAGCAUUAAGUGUAUUAGAUUUAGUGAAACAGAACCGUGACAAGCCUUCCUUGUAUAUGUAUGGUUUAUUAAUUUAUGGGUUUGCUCAUAAAGGAGAGGUGGACAAAUGUUUUAAGCUAUUUAACAAAGUAAAGAAAAGUGGUUUAGUUCCUAAUCAAGCAAUAUAUAAUAGCUUAAUUAAUGCUUGCGCUCUAUCAAAAGAUACAAGUAAAGCAUUAGAAUAUUUGUAUAAUCUGAGAAGAGAUUUUUAUGAAAACAAAGUUGUUGUAAAUAAGACACAUUAUAUUAGUCUUAUAAAAGCUUACAGUUGGCAUAAACAAAUUACAACUGCUUUUGAAAUAGCAGAUGAAGCAAAGGAUAAGAGGUUUGUUACAAGCGAUAUAUAUGCUGUUCUCUUUCAUGCAGCAAUAAGUAAUAAAAAAAGUGGUUUAAAGUAUGCUUUAAUUUUAUGGCAUCAGAUGAGAAGAUAUAAAAUGACACCAACUGUAACUCAUUAUAACUUACUUCUUCGAGCACUCAGAGAUACAAACUUUGGUGACCUAAAACUUAAUGAUUUUCUGAUAUCAAAUUUACCUAAUACUCAAAUUGUACUUAAUGAAACCGGAAAAUCAGAUUUAUUAAAUUCUCCACCACAAUUGGUUACUUCAGUCAUUGAUUUGAUUAAAGAUCAAUCAGUAGACAGCAGCAAAGGUUCUAUUGUAAAGAAUAUUGACUCAGAAGUAUCUGAUACAAGUGAAAAUAAUAUUGAUAGAAAUAAAAUAAUAUCUGUGAAUUUGAAUAAGAUAUUACAAACGAAUCGAUUGAUUUUAUUUGGAGGAUUUGAAAAAUUAUUGGAAAGAAUGGAAAGUGACAAUGUAAUCCCUGAUGUUAAAACAAUGACAUUGUUUAUGGAAUUACUACCACCUUCUUUGAAAGCAGAAGAACAGCUUCUGAAAUAUGUAGAGAAGAAAAAGAUUGAAGUAGACAUAAGCUUCUACAAUAUGCUUAUUAAGAGAAGAAAUAUUAGGAAACUCUAUAGAGAAGCAAAAGAUGUUUUAUAUGAAGUACAGAGGCAUCAUCUAUCACCAAAUAUUAUGACAUUUGGAGUACUAGCCCUGGGAUGUCCACAAGAAAAGUAUGGAAGAGAACUUUUAAAGCAAAUGGAUAAUAUUGGCUUUAAACCAAACUGUGUAAUUGUAGGGACAUUAAUAUUCUCUGCAGCUCAGCGGAGGAACUUUAAAUACUUACAAUAUUUGAUGAACUAUAUGUUAGAAAACGAUGUGGAAUCAUCUCCGUAUAUAUUUCAAACUUUAGAAAAGUUUGAACAAUUGAUAUUACAAUUCAUGAAGAACAAGAAUAGAUACAUGCGUAAAGAUAUACAAAAAACACAAAGAGAGUACAACAGUUUUAAAAUAUUCUAUGAAGAAUGGAAAGAGAAAAUACAAUCAAAUUCUAUUGUCAAAGUAUCAAGGCCAGCAAGCUAAUACUACUGUCCUGUUGGUUGUGCUCCACAUGUCUCUAAUGCUACAAAGUCAUCGACAUGAAGAGACGGAGGUCGUGAAGUGUUCGGUGGUCUGGAUCUAAAUGGAUCUGCACCUCUGCCUACACCUCCCACUACUGGACCACCUCUUAGAGAAUUGGUAAACUGUGUUCUCCCUCGCAUGGGUGUAACUGUGACAGAAAAGUAAAAACAGAACAAUGAAUAUACGUGAUUACAGAUGUAUAGAUUUUUUAUAAGAAUAAUAAUUAAUAUUUACUGGAAAUUUGAUUAUCGU